CUUUCCAAGCUCCUUAGACUACGAUGACCUGGAUGACUGAGAACCUUUACAGACACGUUUUCUGGUAACAGCUGCAGUGCUAAGAGGAAGUGGGCGUUUCAUUUUUCAGCUGGUGUCAGGCUUAGGGUUUUACCAGUGUGAGCAGCAGUGUCUCAUUGGCCCUGUAUUGAUCAGCGAUCGUGAUGGCUAAGUGGGGUGAAGGAGAUCCUCGAUGGAUAGUAGAGGAGAGAGCUGACGCCACCAACGUCAACAACUGGCACUGGACAGAGCGAGAUGUGUCCUCCUGGUCCUUGGAGUGCCUCCAUCAGUUGCUGCUCGGUGUGCAGGUGGAGGGACCUGAGGGUGUCUGCCAUCUGACCGAAGUCACUAAGCUGGAGGGAGAAGCUUCCAUCAAUAACCGCAAAGGGAAGCUCUUCUACUUCUACGAGUGGCAGCUGAGUCUCAGCUGGCUGGGGAUGUCCUGCAGGGGAGUGAAGUUCAGAGGAACUAUUGAUGUGUCCAACCUGUCUGACGAGAAUAACGAGGAUGACCUGGAUAUCUGCGUGGCUCUCUGUAAAGACCAGCCCAACACACCUCUCCUGGACCUCAUGAAGACCUCCGGCAUCCAGGAGGUUCGCAGGGUUCUGGGCGAGUAUGUCCAGCGGCUCAAAUCAGAGUUUGGUCAGGGAAUGAUUCUUCCCACCACCAACGCACUGAAGCAGCAUUCAUCUGUGUCGACCAAGAAGAAUGAGGUUAAGACCAAUAAAACCCAAAUUAGCCCCGCCCCCAAGUGCUCCUCCAGUACCGCCCCCUGUCCCACAGGUGAUCGUAACCAAACCUGCAGUUUCGAUCUGAAAGAAACAUUCCAGACCAACGCUCAUGAACUCUACAGGACAUUCAUCAGCCAAGAGGUACUCGAACAGACUAGGAAGGACCAGACGAAAUCAGAACAGACCAAGAAAGACAAGAACACGUUAUAAAUGACGCCCUAUGAAAGACCCUGUUCAAUUUAUCUAAAUGAGUCAUGACCAGCCAGCAAGAAAAACUUUGUUUGAUUAAAAUCAGGUCAAAUCUAGGCUAAAAAUUGGUGUCAGACUUUUACGAGUUCAGUAUGAAUCCUAGGCCUGAAACUGACUGAAACCAGACAAUGAAAACAGAAAUACAAUUAACCAGGUGAUCAGAACUGGGCCCCGGCAUUACCUGAAAUUGUGACUCCCAGACUAAAAGGAACAAUGUACCCAAGAGGUUCCAAUCAAAGACUUUAAAAUCUUCUUUUAAGCUUUGACUUGGGAUGUUAAUAAACAACUUCUCUCCA